UGCGGAAUCGUGCAGGUUUUUAAUUUUAAUUUUUAUUAUUUUAUUUUUUUUGGGAGGGGGAACAGGGGCGUAUGACAGGAAAAUGGGGAUAUGGCAAGGAGAGAGGGAUAUGGAGAGGAGGAGGAGGAUGUGCACGAGGAGGACGACGAGGAUAGCGAGGACGACAAGGAGGAGGAGUCGAGAUGGGGGAGGAGAAGAGAUGGACGGAGGGAAAAGAGGAAGGGCAGGAGGAGGAGGAUGAGUGGGAGGAGGAGGAGACAUGGACGGCGAGGAAGGGGAGGACACGAGGAAAGGGAGGACACGAGGAAAGGGAGGACACGAGGAAGGGAAGGAGACGAGGAGGCAUGGAAGAUGACGAGGAGAAGACAAGGAGGAGGAGGAAGGGCAGGAGGAGGGGGACGAACAGGAGGAGGAGGAGGAGGAGGAGGAGAAGACGAAAAGGAGAAGGGAGGAGGAGACAUGGAGGAUGAGGAAGGAGAGGAGAAGCAAGGUGAGGCAGUACUCCUGUAAAUUUUUUUUUCAUCUCGCUUAUAAUUUUGGUAGGGGGCCUCAAAUGCACCAUUUCGACCACGACCUUUUUUUUUUUUUCUGAGGGGGGUGACGGGUCGUUCUCCGCACAGUCGUGCGCCGCACGGGAUCGGUUGGGUGCGUGCGCCGCACGUAGGGAACCGCCCGCACGACGUGCGCUUGGAUGUGUGGUGGAAACUAGUACCGCCUCGCCACUGGGAUGGAAGUCAGCUUUGCUGAUGAUCUUCAUGAGGAUGAUCUUCAGAGUGUUCAACAAUAUAAAACAUAUUAUACGUUCAAUUAUCAUGCCUCAUUGACAAUCUUCCUUUUCUUCAGGGGCCAAAUACCACCUCGACCAGAGCACUACGGCGUUGACUGAAAAGAAACCACAACCUCCUCGAAUAGGAUCCCUCAGAUGUUUCAAAAAAAAAAAAAAAAAAAGGAAACAACAACUUCAGAUGGCUACCUAGUGUACCUUUUUAGGUACACACCUGUGGGUCCUCUCCGAAGGCUCACUUCAAGUGGCUACCUGGGAUGCCGCUGACAUUCAUUAUCCUAGUGCGAUCUCCAACAUUCCUUCCCCUUAACAGUUUUAACUGGCUCACAUGUUCACAGGGAAACUGACCAGAUUCGAACAAAUGUGUAAUAAUUAG